CAGAGUUGAAGGGAGUAGGAGGGCAAAGCAGGCGGCGGCGGCGGCAACAGCGGCGCGAGCGACCGGCGAAGGAAGCGGCGCCUUCUCGCGCGUCGGGGGCGGGGGGGAGGUUUCGGGUGAACGCGGGACGCUCCGUGGCCGGGCCUCCCCUUCGGCGCGCGCGGGGGGUGGGUGGGUGUCUCUCCUCGCCGUGAAUGUUGGUUGCAGUGGCCGCCGCGAGCCCCUGCGGCAGGAGGAGACGGCUCCGAUCCCCUCCCCCGCUCCCGCCGUUCUCAGCGCCAGGCACCCAAGGGCACGCAGGCCUUGCAGUAACCCGGGAUCCCGGCUCCGUAGAAGUGGGGAAGCAGCUGCCCAGUUCUGAACCAGCCCAAUUGCCGCGGCCGCUGGGUAAAACUGGAUUCACCAUCUGACUUUAAACAUUAAAAACUUUUGGUGUCUAAAAGAUGUGCCAUGGAAUGGUAGGAGCAAAGAGCACCACAACAUCGUUGCUGGUCUUGAUCAGUCAUGGGAUAUUUUUUCCAUUCUUUAUCUUCAGUUCCUGUAUGGUGGAAGGAUUGGACUCAUACUGUCCACAGCCAUCCAAACCUGAGAAUGGAGGUUACAAGUGUCAUCCAACGCCUUGCAAAGACCCACUGACAUCUGACAGUGUCAUAGAGUAUUUCUGUGACAAAGGUUAUGUAUUGAAAGGAGAUUACAAAUAUUUGACUUGCAAGAAUGGCAAGUGGAAUCCAGAACUGGAGGUUACCUGUAGACUUAGCCAAGAUAAAGGUUCUCCUCCAAGUGUAGGAGUACCCACUUUAUCCAUAGUGGCUACUACAGCAAGUUCAGUCGCUCUCAUCCUUCUCCUAGUUGUAUUGUUUGUUUUGCUACAACCAAAACUGAAGUCAUUUCAUCACAGCAGGCGUGAUCAAGGUGUUUCUGGGGACCAGGUUUCCAUUAUGGUGGAUGGAGUUCAGGUAGCUUUGCCAUCUUAUGAAGAAGCCGUCUAUGGCAGUGCUGGAAACUGCAUACCAUCCUCAGAUACACGGAUACAGAUCGUUCUUUCAGAAGGAGCUGAACAGAGUGAGGCAAGGGAAAUGCAACGGCCACCACCACCAGACCAAGGGGGUCCCAGUGGCUUCAUUAGGGAGGAUGAAACCCCUGGACGCUCUGGAUUGUGUGAAGCUGGCAGCUCUCACCACUCAGAAACUGUUCUAGUGCAUCAGGCGACCACGUCUUCCUGGGUAGCUGGCACAUCUAGUAGUAAAUCUGGGCACAAAGAGACUUCAGACUCAGAAAACAGCGAUGUACAAAGCCUUUUAUCACUUGCUUCCUCAGAGGAAUACAUGGAUGAUAUUCCAUUGUUGAAAGAAGCAUGAGGGUUACAACGGUCAUCAAGUCUACACUCUCUAGUUUCCUUUUCGGAAUGAUGAGUGCUUCAUGCUGGCUUUCCCUUCCCUGAAGUGCUGCACACUGAAUAUUUACAGAAAAUAUCCCUUAGUUGAAGAUCCAAAGGAUGCCACCAAGACACCAUUUUCAGUGCAUCAGUGGGGUGCACGGUGCCAGCUAUCUUCUCCAUCUCAUUCUAUAAGCAUUAAAGGAGGGCUUUAGAGACUGAAGUUCCUCCAGCCUCUCCUCUUUCCCAGACAGAUGAUUUUGAGUACAGUCUCUGGAGAGUUGCCAUUUACUUGUGCCUUGCUCCUUCUCACACUGGCUCGCUGCAAUUUCUCAUAGGCCUUGCUAGCUUCUGGAUGUCUCAGAAAGCAGGGUCAAACCACAGCUUGCUUUGUUUGGUGCAGAUGGUUUUGUUCUAUUUAUUAACUACAUUACGAAGGCAAGAAGAAUGCCUUGAGAUGGCCUGAGUGGGAGAGUGUUUAUAAAAUUCACACAUACCGGUUGUAGACCUCAGGUGUUGAAAAUUGUAUAAU